GACAUAGAUAUCGGAGAGCAGUAUACGUGAAAGUCGCAGGUCGCAGUCGAUGGAAGCCUACAUCGCUGUUAUCAGACAAACGUCUGUUAAAUCCGUUUGAAAGUCGGUGCGACACGGUGAAUCCUUGAAACUGAGUUAAGUUGAUAGAGGACUUUCAUCGCCGGGAGGGAGAAAUAUUUAGAGAUUACCGCAAUGAGUCAACCAUGGAAGGUUUUGGUGGACCACAAGGAGGUGCCCAAGCCCGGCAUCGACUUGCUUAAGGCUCACAACUGCGAAGUCACUAUUCUAGAGAAUUAUAAUGCAGAUGUAUUUCGACCAAAAAUAUUGGAAGCUCUUAAGCAGGGCUUCGAUGCUGUAUUCCUCGCUAGCAAAGUUAAAGUUGACAAGGAGUUUCUCGAUACCGCCGGGAAAAAAUUAAAGGUCGUAUCGACAAUGUCGUCCGGAUAUGAUCACAUAGAUACUACAUUAAUUAAAGAAAGAGGAAUUAAAGCCGGGCACACACCGGAGGUGCUGUCCGCUGCAGUCGCGGAAAUGGCAGUGCUCUUGUUGUUAUCCGCGGCGAGGCGCGCCCAUGAGGGUCGCCAGAAGAUGGAAGCGUGUGAGAGAAGUACGGGACCACAGUGGCUGCUGGGACGAGAUAUACGAGGUUCUACGGUCGGCAUCUUUGGCCUAGGAAAUAUCGGCCAAGAAAUAGUUAAACGAUUGAAGGCAUUCGAAGUAGGGAAAUUUAUCCAUACCGGACCGCGUAAGAAGGAUAAAGUAGAAAAGGAACUUGGAGUGGACUAUGUAACUUGGGAUAAGUUUCUGGCCGAGAGCGAUUUUCUCGUGAUUUCGGCACCUCUGAAUGAUGGAACCCGAAAACGUUUCAACAACAACGCUUUUGACAAAAUGAAGAAGCAACCCGUCUUCGUGAACGUGGCUCGCGGUGAGAUCGUCGAUACCGCUGCACUUGAGAGAGCUCUUUGUACGAUGAAGAUAUUCGCUGCCGGACUAGACGUCACCGAUCCGGAACCGCUACCACCUAAACACAAACUUCUAACACUACGUAAUGUUGAAAUUGUGCCACACUUAGGCAGCGCGACGACCAGAACCCGUAAUGACAUGGCCAAAGUCGCAGCGCAAAAUAUUAUCAAUGGUCUUAACAACGAAGACUUGGUAUACGCUAUACCCUAAAUCCAUCUUCGUUGUGCAUUAUAUUUGUCAUUUUAUUUAUUCAAAAAUGUUAUUAGAAACAAUGGUUUUUUUAACCAUACGAUUUAAUAAGAUUCUCUUUGAUUCUUCUUCAAAUUGCACAAAUAUAAUCACUUGACUAAUCCCAAUUUGAUCUCAUAAUCAUUAAUUAAUUAUAUCCGUCAGGCGAUCAAGUAAAGGAGAUUAAACACGUUUGCAUUUGCGCUGUAAUAACGCGCCAGAAAUUUUCAUGUAAUUUGUAAUACCAUAUACAGAUAAUUAUGGUUGAA